AUGCUUCUCGUUCAGGCGUCGCCUGUUUUCUUCGACCUCGUCACUUCACUAGACUGCGGAAUGAGACUAGCAACAAGCGGAGCCUCUCCGGCAGGCUCUGUUCCAGUGUCCCGACGGAGGGAACGCAAGCAACCAACGUCAGGACCCGCUGCGGAGGAGGCUACCUCAGAGCAACCCCGAUGCCGCCUUCAUGACCCCAUUUCAAGGAGACUGCGGAUUUUGUGCACUGCAGCGAAAUCUGGGGUUGCAGUCUUGCGCAGUCGGCUUCUCCGUUGCGUCUUUUUGUGGUGUCUCAUUACUCUUCUUUUGCCAACUGAAGCAGCCGUGGGAUUUCGAUUUCGAGGCUGGGUCCGGCGGUUCACAACGUGUCGGUUGAUCGAGUUUGACGGGCGAACCGUGGGUGAUAUUCCCGAGUUCGAGGCGCUGGUGAUGGUGAAUAGUAUGAACGAAGUGGUGAGCUUCGAGCCCGCACGAGCGGUCCCCAUGUGCGACAUCAGCAAUGGCUUCGAUCUGGCUUUCAUCCCGUGUGAAGACAAACAACAGCGGCCUUCGCAUACCCGUUUUGUCUUCCCACUCCCCUCGACAAGCUCUCCUCCGCAGUCUCAUCCCGAGAUAGAGGAGUCGAAGAAGGGGAGUAACGAGUGGGUGGUCACGAAGGUCGUCCGUGCUGCUGGAGGGCUGGCGCUGCGAGCGGCCAAAGCUGGCGCGGCUGCAGGGUCUGCCGUGGUUAAUCUCGUGGCUGGGUCGUCUUUGCCGCUUGUUGAGGCACUCAAAAAGAAACUCGUGCAUUUUCGCGAGCAGUCGACUGCCUAUGGUCUAGAGUGCAUGGACCCGGUGACAAGCACAAAGCUCAAGAGCGCCAUAAACCCCCCAAUGGUUCCCAUCGUUGGCCAAGCCGUAGAAGCUAUUUUGGACUUGGAGAGAAAAUAA